AUGGCUUCGAACACCCCCCACCAGCCCUUCCGCUUUGACGGCGAAGUCGCCAUCGUCUCUGGCGCAGGCUCGCGCAUGGCUGGCGAAAUUGGCAACGGUCGUGCAACAGCCAUCCUUCUCGCCCGGCAAGGCGCCAAAGUCGCCCUCCUGGACAUUAAUGUGUCUUGGGCUGAGGAGACUAAGCGCAUGAUCGAUGCAGAGGGUGGCAUCUCAGCGGUCAUCCGCGCGGACGCCACAGACGAGUCAUCAUGCAAGGAGGCCGUGGCCAAGACCGUCGAGCUGUUCGGCACAGUGACUAUCCUGGUCAAUGUUGUUGGUGUUGGCGGUGCCAUGGGAGAUGCUACAACCCUAGACCUUGCCGCUUGGGAGCGUGACAUGCGCAUCAACGUCACCAGCAUGGUCCUGAUGGUGCGCCAUGUGGUCCCCGAGAUGCGCAAGAUCGGCCGUGGCGCCAUCGUCAACGUCUCCUCGGUGUCGGGCUUGUUAGGUGGUAAUCCGAGCCUGUUGUAUCCCACGAGCAAGGGCGCUAUUAUUCAGAUGACGAGAGCGAUGGCGGCGCAACAUGGGACGGAGAACAUUAGGGUCAACUGUGUGUGUCCUGGCAUGGUGUACACUCCGGUCAGUUUUGGUUUGGCUGUUGUUGAGUUCUUGUUCUUGGUGCUUUCCGUCCUCUUUUCUCCCGACGAUCUCUUUGCGUUGCUCGAAACACAUUCCCUUACAGAACCCAUUCCCAGUGACAAUACUAACUCUCGGGCAACAAAGAUGGUGAGGAGCCGCGGGAUGUCCGAUGAUUUGAGACAGGCAAGAAUAAACCAGAAUAUGCUGAAACAAGAGGGGACUGGAUGGGACGUGGGAUACGCCAUUCUGUUCUUAUGUAGCAAGGAGGCCCGAUGGAUCACGGGCCUGAUCAUGCCUGUUGAUGCAGGCACCACAGCAGGGAAAGCAGUUGCGGACAGGCCGGCGCUGGCGGCAGAUGUGCUGGCGGAGCAGAUGACCGGCAUACCCAACAAGACAGAGCAUUAA